AUGCUGGAGCAAAUCGCGAUGAAAAUCAACGGCAGAAGCACCAAGGGAGAGAACAUCGCCGAUAACGGCGGUCUCAAGCAGGCAUACAAAGCAUAUAAGAAAUACCAGCAGUCACAUCGACAUCCACCACGAUUGCCUGGAGUGAAUCUGACUCAUGAUCAACUGUUUUUCCUCAACUAUGCCCAAAUUUGGUGCGGAACAAUGAAUGACAAGGAAGCCGUGCGGAAGCUGCGGACGUCGGAACACUCACCGGGACCAAUCAGGGUGAAAGGACCGUUGUCGAACAGCGUGGACUUUGCUAACGCCUUCAACUGUCCAGCCGGAUCACCGAUGAAUCCGCAUCACAAGUGUCGGCAAUUCAUUGUCACCACGAUUCGACGGUGUCCCUUCCUUCAUCCUCAAAUGAUGGAGGAAACGUUCCUGUACAGUCGUUGUAAGCCCACCGUGCUGCGCUGCGUCGCCCUGCUCCGCCUGCCGUCGCUAGAUACGCGAGAAUCUCGAGACCUUCUCCCGACCUACAAUGGCUUGACAUUGGAGCAGCAAAGCGAGAUAAUAGCUACUGGAACGACUGUGAGUUCAGCCCAAUGA